UUUUCUUGUUUGGAAGCCUACAUAACUUUGACAUCUAAGAGCUCAAGAUUUACUGAUGAAACAGAGAUUUUGAAGAUGUCAGAAAGUCAUUCAGGUCAAGCACGCACUGGAGCAGGAAAUGAGGUGGACUCUCCUACUGUCGAUUUCAAGUACUCCAGCUUCAGAGAUUUUUGUUCCACAUCUUCAUUUCAAGAUAGUGGCUACAAAGAGUUGUUAAAAUCUUGCAGCUUUGAUAAUACAGAUAAAGAAUUUUUUGGAAAGACAGAAAAAGGCCCAACAUUAAACUAUGAACAUCCAGAAACUUCAAAUCUGGGCUUAACACAUCCUUUAGAGUCUCCCACUCAGAAAAAGAGAUUUGUCUUCCCUAGGAAGGAAAAGAAUAAAACCCCAGAACUUUGUGAAACUCCUAAAGUCAGUGGGAAAAAAUUUUUACUGCGCAGAAGGCUGGACAUAUCUUUCUCUCUUCUAAAGGGGCACUUUGAAUCACAAAAUAGUUCUCUAGAAAGUAGUUCAAGCCAAGUUCUCAACUUAGGAAAAAAUAUUCCAAGCAGUGCUUUGGGUUUUCCAGGGCAAAAUAAUUUUAGUCCUUUAGUUACUAGCGCUUUGAAAACAGAAGCAGCAACUUCCAGCAGUCAAAAAUUGAGACUAAAUUUUUCUCAACAGAAGACUUCCACAGUUGAUGAUUCCAAAGAUGCUUGUAGCCUAUUUGAAGUUGAAUGUAUAUCUCCAAUUCAGGGCAAUGAUUUUAAAGACUCUAUCACACGUGACUUUAGUGAUAGCAGUCUAUGGUUUAACGAUGAGAAUACAUAUCCCGAACUUCUGGGCUCCUCUGUUAGUGGAACAACUUGUGGAACAGAUGAGGACAUAUUUGUGACUCCAGUAAGUAAUCUUGUAGCUAACAUUAAAUUUAAUGCAAGGCAAUGGCUUUCUCCUUCAACUGAAGUGAGAGGCAAUAUUUCAACACCUGAAGACAGUGGUUUUAAUUCACUUUGCUUGGAUAAAUCAGAAGAUUCGCUCUCUGACAAGGAGAGUUCUUUUCAAGAACUACAUAAGGGAACUCUCAAAGUGAGGGACACCAUAAAAAAGUCAAGGCGUCUUGGAAGGUUGAGAAGACUGUCUACCCUUCGGGAGCAAGGCUCACAAUCUGAGACAGAAGAGGAGAAGGAGAUCAUCCAUUCUGACUCUGAAGCAACACCAGCAGCUGCUUCAGACAUCUCAGGGAGCCAGCCAAGCAGUGACAAUAAGAGUGGGGAUUUGAUUUUAAGCUUUAAGAAUUUAUCAAAGACCCCAGCCUUGCAAUUAGUGCAUGAGCUCUUUAUGAAAAGCAAAAGGAAACGAUUCCAGCAAAAUGGCGCACAUGAAUUCCUAGAAGAAAGAGAUGAGGGGAAAAUUGCUGUACUACAGUGUGUACUUGCAGGACUAAUUGGCAAGAAAAUGGGUAUAGAAAAACUGGACAUCUUAACAGAAUUAAAAUAUAGAAAUUUAAAGCAUAUUCUUGCUAUGGUUUUAGAUUCCUUGACUACAGAAAGCCUUUGCAGUGUUUGGAAAGUGAGCAGAAAUUGGCGUGAAAUUGUUGUUCAAGAUAAAAAAGCAAAUCGGAGGAGGAAAAUUUAUAUCACAAAACUGAAAACAUAUUCUGAGGGGCCUAUAUUAAAUGUUGAAGAUGCUGCCACUCGGCUCCGUCUUUUAAAUCGAUCAGCUCUAAGAUCUGUACAAGCUCAGGCUAGGACACCAGGUUCUCAGAAAGAACAAGUUUCAACGUUUUCUCCUUGGGGAGAAGUUUUGACACCUAUAGCAAGCUCUUCUGUUUCUCAUUUAAGUAGUAAACAGGAAGAAUAUAUUAAGGUUGCCAAAACACUUUUUAUUGAUGAAGCAUUAAAACCUUGCCCAAGGUGCCAGUCCCCUGCUAAGUACCAGCCAUAUAAGAAAAGGGGACUGUGUAGCCGCACUGCCUGUGGCUUUGACUUUUGUGUGUUAUGUUUGUGUGCUUACCAUGGGUCUGAAGAGUGUAGUAGAGGAACAGCAAAGCCAAGAAAUAGAAAAGAUGCUCUUCCAGGAAGUGCCCAGAGUAAGCGGAAUUUAAAACGCCUCUAAAGAGACUUUAAAUAUAAAAGAAGCAUUCCCCCUAAGCAAUGUUUUUCUGAUUUAAAAUUAUGAAUAUUUUGAAAGCAUGCAAAUUUUCCCAUUAAUGACAGAUGAUGAUUUA